CAGAAGAGUACAACGUGAUCUCAGCGGCUCUGCUCCUCCACACAUAGACUCACAUCCAGGAGCUCCACAUGGAUCCACAUGCAGCAGGGAAUCUUGGGAAGUAUGAACCUGUCCAAACCCAACCACAAUGGCAAAGCACGACCGCACUGCCCCACCAGAACCAGCUCUAUAACCCCACGGCAUUGGUGCCCCCAGGACUGGAGCGUCUAUUAGAGGUAGAAGAAGUUAUCCUCCAGAAAAAAGCUUUCUUCACCAGAUCUGAGCAGACUCUUUUCACCAUACGUCGGGAGUCAGAGUGCUGUGGACCAUCCUUCAAUAUAAGGUUCCAGGAUACUUACAAGAGGGACGUGGUGUCACUGUCUGCGGAAUCAGGGGGAGGUUGCUGUGGAGGAGAAACUCACCUGAAGAUCAUCGUUUUUCCUGCGUACACUAUAGGUUUCGUCAAAAUUUCAAACUCUUCUCAUAAAAUCAGUGUCUCCAUCCAGAUGAAGUUCGGAGAGCCUGCUUUCACUGCUGAGCUGCCCUUAUCCCACUCUGAGAACAUUAUAGAGAUACUCAGUGUAAAUGGAUCUUGUCCUGUGGCCACAAUAACCACAGAGGGAGAAAAUAAAUCUACUAAAGUCGUCUUCCAGUUUCCCAUGAACAUGGAGGCUACAUUGAAAACUCUUAUCUUGGCUGCAUUCCUGUACAUGAGAUAUGAAGAAACAAGACUUUCCAGCAGCAGCGACUCGAAUUAUGACAGUGGGUGGGAUACUGCGGGUGGAGUGCACUUCCAUCAUGAUGACAACCACAGUUGGGGUCAUGGAGGUUUCGAUGGAGAUUGUGGCGGUGGAGACUUUGGUGGAGGGGACUGUGGUGGUGGGGGAGGGGAGUGUGGAGGUGGAGGAGGGGACUGUGGAGGUGGAGGACUGUCUAAUGUGUAUUCCCAAGUUUUUGCUUCUCUUCCAGAUGCAGACAGCAUAGAGGCAACUCAUUCUCUACAACCAGGAGAUUGGGUAGUGGUGAAACGACACGUGCGGAAAGUCCUAGAACCACGAUUUGAGGGUCCACAUCAAGUACUGUUAACCACCGCCACUGCUGUCAAGUUGGAAGGAAAGCCUAAUUGGGUCCACGCAUCUCAUUGCAAGAAAGUACCAGAACCUCAAGUGCUGGAAUGA